AGAACCAAAGGGAGGAUGUGAGUGACCCUACGGUCUCUCUCAUCUCCAUCCGCGCCACAGCCACCAUCAUCCUCUGAGGUGUGUCUGCUGCCACUGUAGCUCCAUUCAGACUCAGCCAGACAGAGCGCCGGGACACCGACUGAAAACCACCUCGUGUCUUUGUUCACACGGAACAUGGCGUCAAAAUGUCCAAAGUGCGACAAGACGGUGUAUUUCGCGGAGAAGGUGUCAUCCCUAGGGAAAGACUGGCACAAGUUCUGUCUGAAAUGCGAGCGCUGCAACAAGACGUUGAAUCCAGGAGGCCACGCUGAGCAUGAUGGGACGCCUUAUUGCCAUAAGCCUUGCUACGCCGCCCUCUUCGGACCAAAAGGCGUGAACAUUGGCGGAGCCGGUUCCUACGUGUACGAGGCUCCUGUCAACGAAGCCCCUGCUGCCGUUUCCAUGGAAACAGAUGCCAAACCAGAGGAGAAAAGAGCCCCCGCACGGGGACCAGUGAAGGCUGCAAGCUUCUCCUCUUUCUCCGGAGGACCCAACAUCUGCCCCAGAUGCAACAAGACGGUUUAUUUCGCUGAGAAGGUGUCAUCUCUGGGGAAGAACUGGCACCGGCCCUGUCUGCGCUGUGAGAGAUGCAGUAAGACUCUGGCUGCCGGCAGCCACGCAGAGCAUGAUGGACAGCCAUACUGCCACAAACCGUGCUACGCUGUGCUGUUUGGGCCCAAAGGUGUAAACACUGGCGGCGUCGGCAGCUACAUCUACGACGAGCCUGCUGAAGAGGAGGCCCAGCCCUGAGCCAUGAGCCCUGACGCUGCCUCCAGGACCCUCCAUGGUUUGCCUUCUACAGUCACACAGGUGACGGAUGAUAUGUACUGCGAUCACAGGGAUGGAUAUUUAGAUGUUUCCGUUGUAUUUGUAUAUUGUUUAUAUAUCUAUUUUUUGUACUGAUACUAGCCUUUAACAUGUCCUCCCAUGUGAGUUUUAAGAUUUGCCUUUCAGUUUCUUGGUUCUCUUUGCCAAAUAAUUAUUAUGUAGUAGAUUAAAGCUCCUGCGUCACUCAUGAUUAAUAGUUUUUCAGACUUUUGUGCACUUACGAAAUGUACUGUAUGAAACGUACAAGUCCCACCAAUUUAUUGUCAGUGUUUGUUGAACAUGGUUCUAAAAUAUUGGGAUGAGAUGUAGACGUAGUUGCACGCACAGAAGACUUUUACUGAAUGUUAUGAAGUUUGGGGUCUGCUGGGAACAAAAAGUGUUCAACUGUGCAUCGCAUUUUCUACAGUAAAACUGUGUGGUACCAAA